AUGUAUCCUAUGAAACCUUAUAAUGAAGGAAUUGUUGUUAAACCGGCAAAAAUUGUUUAUGAAGUAUCUAGUUAUCAUAUAAAUUCUUUGACCAAAACUUCUACAAACAACUUUGAAAAUAAAAUGAGUAAAUCAGAAAUUAAAAAAGAUGAAAUAAAGCCAAAAGAAGCUACAAAAAAGUCUGAAAAGUCUCAACCAAAACAACAACCUUUAAAUUCAAAAAAUAAUGAAGUAAUUAUUAAACGUCUUUUAGAAUUAUCUAAACAGUUGGAUAUUUUUAUUGCGAAAGAAGGAGGUGACAGUAAGAAUAAGAAGAAGGAGGAAAAAUGUUUGACUGAAACAUCCCAAAAUAUUUCAAAGAAAAAAGAGAAAAAGACUGAAACAAAUAAAUCUUCUGAUGUUUCUUGUCAAAAUAAACCUUUAAAUUCUUCAACAAACAGCCAACCAACUUUACCCAAUAUUCAAGCAACACUUUUAAUUGACGGAGGAUCUAAAUUUUCUUUUAAAGAACAACCAAAAAAUUCGCCAGAUAUUUUACAUGCAAAUGUUACUCCAACUACUGAACGUUUUCCUAUUCAUAAUUAUGAAGACUAUGAAAUACGAAAAUGCUUUAUUGGAUCUAAAAUAAAUUGUAUUUUACAAGAAUUUGAUAAACCUUUGGUUAAAUUGUUCAAAAUAAUUGGUUUGAAAAGGAAUGUCUGCUUUAUUGAGAUAGGAACGAACGAAGAAAGUGUUGAACGGGAAGGGGAAGCCAUAUCGAUUGAAAUUAGUUAUGGCCAGAAAGCUAAAAUUAACGGAAAUGGCUUUGAUUUGGUUGGUGAAUUGGCUACUUGGAAAUUUAUUGGUUCUCUGCUUGGUCUUUACUCAUUCAAUGAUGCAUCUGUUUCAUUAAAGAGUGAUAAGUGGCUUUUGGAGGCUUCACUUCUUGAUAAUACUCGAAACAAUUUGGACGAACUUUCACGAAAAUUAAAUUCAUAUUUGGGUGCUAAUGACUUUUUGAGUUCGUCUCAUGCUAUUUGUCUUGCUGAUAUUAUACUUCGUUCUCGAUUUUCCAAAGAUUAUCAAUUAAUUGAAUGGAAUAAAAUUGCAGCAGCAAAUAAUGUUCAAAUUUGGGCAAAACAUAUUGAUCGUGCUCUUCUUUAA